GGCACUAGGAGGCAGUGUUUGGUAAUUUUAAGUUUAAGGAAUGUCAGGGGUCAUGUGACCAACUGUAAUUUCCAGGAAGAGAGAGCAGGUAAUUUUUGAAAAACUUAAGAAGUGACUUAUCGGUGUUCCACAAAGAUUCCUGUCGGCUACAAUAUAUUGUUUGCGAUUGGUUUCUUUGGUCACUGCCUCCGAGAGCUCCAUUCACUUCUCUAGGUGUCUUUUGAAGUCUGUACGACCCGAGACAAUUUGGGAAGUCCGGAUGUGUUUGUGUACUGCAUAUAUUUAUUACUCAAAAGAUUUUUUUUUUUUUUUUAGAGUGAGAUUUGAAUUUGCAGUGGUUCGUGUGUACAACACGUAAUGCACAAGAGGCAGACAGUAUGGAGAAACUGACCUCAAGCAGUGGGUCUGGGGGGUGGGCUGGUAGUGCGUUUCUCUUCCUUCAGUCGAACCUCCAACAGGUAGAUCUUCCAGCCUUGUACAAAGACCUGGAACAGAAAAUCAACGUUUUCAAAGCUCUUAAGCUAACACUAUCAGAUUCCGCGGGUGGCCUGGAUGGAUAUGAAAUUCUGAAAGUACACAACACUGAAUCAGCCCUGAUAAUCCAGAUCAAGUUCUCUGACGAGGUGCACUGCACUGCGUUUCUCGAGAGCUACGCCAGCGGAGGGCUCAAGCAGUGCUUGGGACAGCACCUGAAGGCUGUGCUCCCCGUCACAGAGGAACUGGAUUUUGAUACUAAACUCAAAGCUGGCAGCAAAACGCUGGACGAUUUUCUCAAAGAUCGAGAUCGCUGUCUGCGCUGCAUCAAGGAGGCCCAGCCUGAUCGGCUGAGGGAUGAUGAAGUAGCUCAGCUGGAGACGACUCUCCAGAGUUUGAUGCUGAAUAACAGGCAUCCCUCUGAAGCCGUGCACAAAGGCUCCUCUUCCUCCUCCUCCUCCUCCUCCAAGCCUCUGUCUCCGGCAUUACCCCUGAACUCCAGGGAAGAAGGCUCUCAGCUCCCGAGCGACAGUUUCAAGUUCCAAGGAAGAGUUUACGAUGACAGGCGGCUGACCUCCUCGGAUCAUCAGAAGUUUGCCUUUGUAAUCGGCAAGCAAUGGAAGAAGGUGGGCCGCUCUCUGCAGAAAGGAUGCAGAGCCCUGAAGGACCCUGCCAUCGAAAACCUGGCCUAUGAGUUCGACAGGGACGGCCUCUAUGAGCAGGCCUACCAGAUGCUCAACAAGUUCCUCCAGUCCGAGGGGAAGAAAGCCAAGCUGAGCAGGCUGAUUAGCGCCUUGGAGGAGAACGGGCUGAUGGGAAUCGCAGAGCACAUGCUGGAUAUCCAGCCCGCAGAGAGGCAGUGAGCCGAGUUCAGGAUGAGCCCCCUCCUCUUAACUCAAGUCACCUUCUUUUUUAUUACCUGUCAAUACGGACCUGCCAUUACGACUUCUGAUUUUGGUUUGUGAUUUUUUUUUCUCGUAAGUUUUAAUGAAGACCGUUCAUUAUAUAGCUGUGUGGAGGGGGGUACAUUUAAUGCCAUAAAUGGAGAGAUUGUGGAUCUAAUAGUUUCUAGUCUGAUUGGUUUUAUCUACAUUCUACAGUAUAAUCAUCCUUAAAUAGAAAACGUUCAGUGAUAGAAUAUUAAGAGAAGCUUAGUAAAAUUCAUUGAUACUUUUUACCUGUUAGUCUAUCUCUGUGAAAUGAGUUUUAGCAUCACAUUCUUAUUCUGUGUAUCUCUACCCCCAGAUGGUAAGGUGUGAUAAUCUCUUAACAGGACUGUUAAUAGAAAAUGACCAUGUGCUGUAACCUGUGUGGGGGUGAACUGUCCCAUUAGGUCUAAGAAUGGAAAAGCUGCUGAAUGAUGUUCAAGCGCAGGAUUUCCGUUCACACACGCAGAACAUGAUGAACAGCUUUUUUAUAUGUGUGAUACAUAAUUUGUUAUUUGUGAAUCUGAUUCACAUUUGCCCCAUGGAUUUUACAUUUGUCCUAAAGGAAGUUACUCAGCUGUGCAAUUUCAUGUAAAAAAAAAAAAAAAAAAAAGUACAUCUUGAAAAGAAGUGCCCCCCCCCCCCUCCCCACGGUGCAUGGGACAGGAAAGACAAACCCGAGCUGGCUUUCAGCUGCCUGCUUCGAAUUAUAUAGGUUAUGUUGGGAGUUCCAGCUGUAAUACAGCUAAAUAAAAUCCUGUGCAGAUCGGGGAGCACGCUGAACCUGAGCUUCCAGCACCAUUCGAGCUGCUAAUAAUAACAAUAGCUCACAGGCUCUGAGCUGAAGGACCACAAAGAUUUCAAAGAACAGUGUUUCACAGUGAAGCUCAGAGCACCUCAUUAUCACAGACUCCAAGAAAGAAUCUGUGUUAGGAGUGAUAUUCCGGCAUACAACUGGUAAUCAUGUAUUCACAGCCAGACACUUCAUUGCUUGCUGCGUUAGUGCUAUUUUUAAAUUAGACAUGCAGGUGUUUAGUUCUUGUACAAGUAUGCAUGAUUUUUUAAAUUAUUAUUUUAUGGGAAAGACUAAUGUAAUCUGUAAUCGCAGUGUAAUAAUCGAAUUAGCAGGCACUCCCAUGGCUUGGCGAAGGAGGUUUGGCACUCUGUGGUUUUUUGAGGUGUUGCCAUUGAUGUAUUUGUUUCUCUUUCUGAGUCAGGUGACCCCAUCCCCCCACAUUAUUAUCAGUCCUAUGACCGUGUCAGAAAGCACAAUUACAGCCAGUAAGUGAGAUAUAGACAGUAAAGUAUUAGGAACAGCAGCAUCUGUCAGCACGGCGCUGCGAUGAAGAUGGGCCCCUGCUUUAGGGAGUUCUCUUUCCAGGGAAUGUAGCCCUGCUGUAGAACAUGCAGACACGGGUUAUGCAGUUUUUCUGUUCAGUGCUUCAAAGACUGACGUUGUCUUCAGGCUUAAGCGCUAAUCGUGAAUCUGUUUUCAUAAAGCUCUGGGUGGUUAUCCAGCUUCCCUGACACGUUUCAGAAUGCUUUCUCACUCGACAGAGGUAUGAAGGCAGCUCAUUCACCAGCAUUAGAAAACAUUAGAAAAGCUUCUGGCAUGUCACUCUUCUGCCUCCCUGUCUGCCCUUAGCACGAACCUGUUUCCACAGCUUGAAUGAAAUCUGUUGUUUCGUACAGUCUGACAGUAAAUGUUAGUUGCUGUUGUUUUGUAUUGUUUUUGUAUUGUGAUUCAUAAGUGCUGGGUGUUGCUUAUUAGAACAGAAAUCAAUUCCCACAGUUUCGGCACAAGAUGACAAUUCUCAUAACAAUCAGAGACACCCUCAACUUAUGAAAUAUGUUGCACUUACUGUAAAUAACGCCUUUCCAGACCAGAUCCCCUCAAAGCAAUGAACACAUUUUAGCAGAGCAAGCAUGAUUAAAAAUGAAGAGUUUAACCCUUUCAGUCCUGAACUCCUUUAUUGAGUUUACAUGAGAACAUUAUUUUCUUAAAUGGGACUUUAAAGUCAUGUCAGUACUUUAAGAAUUCUAAACGACGCUAAGAGAAGGAGGGACCUUGAGGUCCUGCAGCACUGAAAGGGUUAACAUUAUUAACCCAUUAAGUGCCUUUGUCCUCGUUUGAGGACAGGCUGUGCUUUGUAAUUUUUUUUACUGGCAUCUACACCUGUUGUUUAAAUUCUCUUUUUCCUAUAUGGUUAUGAUAACUUACUCUAUGUUGUUAACGGCAAAAGUGAAGUCUAAAUGUAAUGUAUCAAAUUCCAUGCAGCUUGUGUUGUGGUGUUUUCAAAGGAAAAUGAAUGUGGUUCAUGGGUUGAAGAAACAUGUUAGUGCUGUUGGUUUCUCCCGCUGUGUAGUCUGGUGUGUGUGACAAGGCUUUGGAACUCGUUUAUUUGUGGAUGUCAACUUUCAUAGCAGCAGCAAUUUAUGUUUUUCAGCAGUGGAUUUUUUAAGUUUUUUAUAAGACAAAAAAAUAGGGCUAGAGCUCACAGGGCAAAAUAAUAAAGGUGGAUCGUUUAAAUUGUACCUUAUCAAAGUCAAUGUUUUUUGUUUUUUUUUGGUUAGUUUCAGGAAAUCCCACCUAUUUUCAGGGUUACCACAGGAAGCUGAUAAUCAUCUCAACUGUUUUCUAAUUAUUUCUUUUGUUUAAUCCUGUCAUGCAUGAAAUAUUGAAAAUAGCUGACCGAAAAAGUAGUUUUGGACAGGUAAUAAAUAUAUUUUUAAUUGAAAA